AUGUUCGCCCAAUCUUUCAUUAUCACCGCUCUCGCUGCUCUCGCAGUAGCUAGUCCUCUCCAAGUUCGCACCAGCGACAAAUGCAACACCGGGACAGUCCAUUGCUGCAACUCUAUGAAGAAGUCGGAUUCAGCCGACAUCAGCAAGAUCGCCUCAUUGCUUCAAUUGGAUGUCAAAGGGGUUGUAGGCGACGUUGGCCUCCAGUGCUCCCCGCUCGUCUCCCUCGUUGGAGGAGGAUCUAAGUGCUCUGGGCAAACGGUUUGCUGCGAUCAAACCAAAUUCAAUGGUCUUGUCAACAUUGGCUGCUCGCCUAUCAAUGUAGGACUGUAG